UCACUGAAUGAGUUCUGAAUUGGAUACUUUUAUUUACUGGUUGGCGUUUCGUAACUCCAUUUUUAUCUGCGAUGAGCUGCUCCCUGAAGGACGACCUCAGGCGCUUCCUGCACUGGGGACCCGUCACCCUGUUGAGCCUGACCCUGAUCGUGACCUGGACCGUGCUCGACAUGAACUCGAUGUGGUGGCCGCCGGGCAGCAGUCUGGGAUCCUCGAUGAACUACACCCUGAUCUGGUGUCACACCUUCGGCACGCUCUACUACUUCCUCAAGUCCUUGCUGGUGGGUCCUGGCUUCAUUCCGCUCAGGUGGCACCCCAGGACCAUCAAGGACAGGGAGUUCCUGCAGUUCUGCCUCCGCUGCGAUGGCUACAAGGCCCCCAGGUCCCAUCACUGCCGUCGCUGCGAUCGCUGCGUGAUGAAGAUGGACCACCAUUGUCCCUGGAUCAACAACUGUGUGGGCUGGUCCAACCAGGCCAGCUUCGUGUACUUUCUCCUCUUUUUCCUCUCAGCCAGCAUACACGGCAGCAUCAUAUUAGUCCUCGGCGUCAUCCAAGGCAUACAAAAGCGGUGGUAUAUCAGACAGGGGCUACAUCAUUUGGCCACGGUUCACUUGACCCCCACAAACCUGAUGGCCUGUUUAUUUAGCCUGGGAGUGAUGAGUGGCACAGGAUUGGCUAGUAUCAAGCUGCUCUACAUGCAAGUGAAGGUGAUACUGAGGAACCAGACCGAGAUCGAGAGCUGGAUUGUGAGGAAGGCGAUCUUCCGUCGCAACGCCUAUCCAGGUAACCGUGUAAAGCCCUUCGUGUUCCCCUACAAUCUGGGUUGGUCAGCCAACUGCCGCGAGGUUUUCCUGCCCACUGGAGACGGUGAUGGUGUUUCCUGGCCAGUUUUGCCAGGAUGCGAUCAGUACACCCUCACCCGGGAGCAGCUGGAGCAGAAGAAGGAUAAGAGGGCUCGAUCGCGUCUCUACCGAUGCACUCGACCUGCCACGGGCCACUGGGUGCCCAUCUUCUCGCAGGGUCUCUGGGUGUCCCUCAAGGCGCCCUGCACCGAUGAUCCGCGCAUUGUCCUGCAGCCAGGCGAUCUCGUACAGGUGACUCGCAUUCAGGACUACUGGCUUUAUGGGGAGAGACAGAUCUCGGAGGAGGAAAGGCUCAAGGGACGCAAGGGUGCCACCAGGGGCUGGUUUCCAAGCCGUUGUGCCGAGGAAAUCUUUGAUGAAGAUCCUGAGAAUGAAGAUAAGGCUGGGGGAGAACCCCCGAAGGAGUCUGGAAAAACAGAUGAAGAAAGCAAUAUCAAAAACACUAAGAUCUCCCGCGAUUUUCCCAGCCAAGAAGGAAAGCCUGUGAAGCGUCUGCGCGUGAAUUGAAGGGUAUUUCCUCCGGCGACCUCGAUCCUGCAGAGAAAUCCCCAGCGUUCGCCGCAAUGAAAUUGCUUUGGUCAACCGCCGCAUUAAUCUCUUAAUGCUCAAUGCUUAAUGCUUUUCAAUAAUGCAUAAAUAAAUAAAUCCUUUCGAGGCAGC